AUGUCUUUUGGUUUUACGGAGUCGACAAUCCGGGGAUUCCUCGACACGUUCCACAGCUACAAGCGUUUGAAGGGCUACCCGAUCUGGAACUACUCAAAGAACACAGGCAUCAAAAUAAUAUUGUCGUCUGUGAUGAUCUAAUGAACUUUUUCGCUCGAGAUAAAUAGGCUAUGCAGCUUCUCGCCGACUUAUUCUGUGUUUACGCACAUCAUUACAAUUGUGCAAUUUUUAACUUGGUGCAAUCGGCAUUCGCACUGCCUCCAACGACCCGCAACAAUAGUACCUACAUUAUCCUGAUGCGAAAUCUGUCAGAUGCGGCCCAAGUCAAACACCUCAUUGCUCAGCAGUUUGCCGACUCGUGGAGACAUGCAUUCAACGCAUACCGUGAGAUAAUGUCAGUGCCAUACAAUGCCAUGCUCAUCAAUAAUAAUCCUAUCGAUGGUGGCCAAAUGCGAAUUAUGAGCGACUUCACCAAAGACUUUCCGAUAGUUUACACAAUUUGAAAAAAAAAAGAGUUUUUGUGCAUAUAAAUAAAUUUGAAUCUUGUUUUAAAAUCAUUUCUUCAUGUAUCUUUUUCAAUGAGUGGUCGUAUCAAACCGCAUCUCUCAUUUCUACGUUCUGCAAUCCAAUCUUCAGCAGCAAUUCUCCAGGCUAACCCUCGUGAAAUCAACGUCAUUGUGGAAAUUGUCCAUAAUUUGCUAAACUCUCAAAAUAUUCCGUUGUCGCGAGCCGAAAAAGCGAUUCUAGCCACCGUUCGGGCGCUUCUUUCCGACAUUUCCGUGUCGAGGGAUCCGGAGAUUGCCCGUCAGCUAAUCCUACGCUUGUCCAAAUGUCAGCGUGCCGCGAUCAUAUAUCCAGCCCUGUCAGCGGUGGGGAUGGCUUCAAAGUAGUCAAAAAAUAUCGAAUGAUCCCGUUUGACCCUCGACAGCCUCUGCAGUCGGUACGGCUAUACAUGGAGAGCAUCCUCAACGAUCCGACUCUGAACGAUACAGCCCGAGCCCGUUUCUAUCAGGACAUCCUUUAUCGCUAUUUGAAUUCGAAAAAUCCACCAAAGUUCGACGCGCAAAUGUUUGAAAUGCUUCAAAAUGCUCGACCAAUCGAAGAAAAGAUGGAAGAAGUAGGAGAAGAAGACGCUGUAAAAAGGGACCCUUUGGGUGAAGAAGAAGAAGAAAAAGUCUUGCGACAGCCGCUCAAAGAUGAAGAACCAGUAGUGGAUGACGAACCACCGAGAAGAUUCUUACCAAAAUCUGUGUUCAAAAAAUCCGUACCAAAAACCGUACAUGAACGACGUCCGCAAAUCAAUUUUACGAUGCGAAAAGAUUCGGAAAAACGAGUUGAUGAAACGUUGAGCGAAAAAGAACCGUUGAAAAAGUCGAGCAUCAAAAGAGAAGCGGAUUUUGAAAAAAAUCCAGCAAAACGAGUAAAGGUUGAACCCGACGAGUUUAUCGAGACGAAACCGUUGAAAAAGUCGAGCAUCAAAAGAGAAGCGGAUUUUGAAAAAAAUCCAGCAAAACGAGUAAAGGUUGAACCCGACGAGUUUAUCGAGACGAAACCGUUGAAAAAGUCGAGCAUCAAAAGAGAAGCGGAUUUUGAAAAAAAAAUCCAGCAAAACGAGUAAAGGUUGAACCACUGGAAGACGUGGAUGAAAAACCUUUAAAACUCGAAUCUACGAGUCGUAUCAAAGGAGAAGCGGAUUUUGAGAAAAAACCGAAAAAACGGAUAAAGACCGAGUCGAAAGAAAAGAAGGAGAAAAAGGAGAAGAAGAAGAAGAAGAAGAAGAAGAAGAAGAAGAAGAAGAAGAAGAAGAAGAAGAAGAAGAAGAAGAAGAAAAGAUUGAAAAAGUCUGAAAAAGGAAUCGAGGAGGCGCUGCACGAUGAAGUCUUGCGACAGCGGCACCAGCUGGACGAGAUUGAUACCGUACCCCUGCCCGAGGACAACGAGAGGCUACGAGGAACGAAAAGACGGCUACCCGCACCACACCACACCGACUUGAAAAGAACCAUACGAACCGGGUUCAAACGUCGCGCGGACGGUUCAAUUUUUUCGGAUGGGCUCAAAAAGCAGCGCGGCAGCGGAUGCAAACGUUUAUAUUGUAAAAUUUGGAAAUUGUGAAAUCAAUAAAGUGUAUUUAACAACUGUUUUUCGUUUUAAAAUUCAUUUUUUCGACAUGGAUGCUGCGUUGAAGGAUGCAUUUCUCAACCCAAAAUCUGCGAUGGCUUUUUCUUCGGCCCGGAAUGUCAUUGAGACUGAUUGAAUGGUAAAUAAUAUCCGUCGGGAUUUUCAUAAUAGCUGUUGCUCACUUUUUCAUUCAAUACAGUGCAGUAAAGCUGAACAUAUUCUUCAAGGUUGUAGAAGGAAAAUAAUCAAAACGCUCUCCACCAAAAAAACGCUCUCCACGAAACAAACGUUGUCUUUUUUUCUUAUCGUGCCAGGAUCAAUUUACUCAGACACCCACGGGUUAUAACCGGGGCGCGCUAAAUAUAUUUACAAUGUCUCAAGCCAGCCGUGAAUCAGCUACAGGCGUAUUUUUUCGGCGUAGGCGAUAUCGUAGACUUGUAUAAUUAUAUUAUUCCGAAGAUUUCAAACAUAUUUCAUUACAUCAUCAUGUUUGGAAAUUCCUGUUUUUGUAGUUCUAGCGAUAUUUUUUUGAGAAAAAAAUAAAUAUACCUUUGUUUCUCCCUGAAAAAAAUUGCAAUGAAACAAUGUGUUGCGCCAUUAUCAAGUAUUUCAAUACAUUCCAUAUAACAUAGCCCCAAAUUGUCUCCAUCGAGAGGCAACUCAACCGCUGAGAUUUUUCGUGUGUUUAAAAAAUUCGUAGUGACGUUCGCUUGCAUAAUCGUGUAUGAAAACGAAUCCAUCUGUUAAAAAAAAGUUCAAAUAAGGAAUUUGAAAACUUGAAAGCUAUGUGACGUGCGCAUAGCAGUUCUGGCCCAAAUUUCAAUGGUAAGUAGUCCUAGGGGAGAUGGAUCGGAAACGAAAUCUUUCACUUGCCGAGAAAAGUAAUUUCGAUUUCAGGAGCUCUCCCAUUCUCGCUAUUGGAAAUUAUCCAUUUUCUCCAGAAAUUUGGAUAGAUUUUUAGGUUUGUAGGAGGUUUUUUUUUACCACUUUUCCUAGGAAUACCCACCUCAAAAGUUUAGACAUUUGAAUCUAAAUUCAUACAAUAGAUCGAAAAUCCGAUUUUACCAUACUCCUUCGUAAUGGUGAUCUUCAUAGUUGCGAAUUUGAACAAAGUUGGAAAUUCAUUGAUUCAUCAACUAGUUUUUCCUUCCCACUAGGACUCGCGAUGCAAUGCGAAACUUCAUGGACAUCCAUGAUCAGAGACGAUGGAACCUAUUGGUGUUUUUACGUUUGUUAUGACACAAAUAAAAGUUUUUCUAAAUUUAAACUUGAGGUGCCGAUGGCCCUUAUGCCUUGGGACGAAGCCCAAUCAUAUUGCAAAGAACUGGGAGCGCACCUAACCGGCUUCGAAACUGCCGAGGAAUUCGAAAAACUUAAAGGUGUGUUCAUUAUCUGCAAUUUGCCCUGUACUUCACUCUCUAUAAGUAGAAAGGAAGUUUGAGUUUUUAAUGAUAAGUUGUUGAGAUUUCGUCGCAUUUACAAAUAUGUCUUUGAACUUGCUCAAAAGUCUGUGUUUUUUUUUAUAACUAGAUUUUAACUUUGCGCCAAGAUCUCGGCUUUCGACAGCAGAGGGUCAGUGUACGGAAAGUUGCUUGCCGUAAACUAAAUACACAGAGAAAACACUUUGUAGCCAGACAAUACAGAAAUCUUCCUUAAUCGAAAGAUUUCAAGUGUAUUAGUUUUUAAGGAAAGAACUGAAAAAAUUCAAAUCAGCUCACAACUAUCUUAUUAAUUUUUCUUAACAUAUAGGAAAUUCUGCAAAAUUUGAAGCUGAAUGUUUGAAACGAAAUAAAAAGUUCUGGAAGAUGAAAUUUUCAUCUGAAGCUUCUCAUUUUCCUGUGUACAUCUAUUUUUCAAAUCUAUAAAAGAUCCUUUGAGGUUUCAAUUGAAUGUGGGCGACAGAAAUAGACGGAAUUCAACUUUUAUCGAUACGAUUUCCAAUCAUAUGUGACCCAAAAAUUUUUUGAAAAAAAAAAUUGUACUGAGGAGUUUGUCAGUGCUUUCGCUUUGUGUAUUCCGCGCACCGCAAAAAAGGUUAUGAAUCCGCGAAAAGAAAUUUCAUUCCAAACUUUUAAAGUUCAAUUAUCUCUCCUCUGGUGGACUAGUACAUCCUCUUUUGUUCAGAAAGAGGGGGUUAGUUAUAAGAAUUUCGAUGGAGGAGACGAUUUUUCGCUUUGCUUUUUUAGUUCCGCGUGAGAACGGGAAAUUUUAGUUCAUUGGACUCAGACACUACUUGAGUGUGCAAAAAAAGGGGCAAAAAAAAGUUGUUAAUACAUCUCGGAAGUUUUUUCUUUCAAGCAUCGUAAUAUAAUCACUUUCAGAAAAAAUUUCGAACGAUGUUGUUGUUCCGGAAUCGCAAUUGUAUAUUGGAGCGGAAGUUUUUUCGUCAUGUUCGAGCGAAAAUCCUGACGAAAAGUGCAGUCCAGAAAUCGUAUGCAAGGCCAAGGUGGCAUUCGCACCUUUUUUUCUAAUUCAGCAUUGGUUCGGCAAUGUUUCCUCUACCAAUAUCAUACACGAAUAUUGGGCAAAAAAUUGGACGCCUUCAGUCGGCUGCGUUGUUUACAACAAUCGCCAAGCAGACACCAUUGAAAAAGCUGAGAAAGGAUCCCUGAGCGACGUGAAGUAGUCAUUUCUCAUCAUUUUUAUGGCACUACAGAAACAAAUAAACUCAAUUUUUUUGUUUGACUAAAAUUUAUUUUUUAGCUGUACACUCGAGCUGCCAUUCAUCUGUGGCAAAUACGCCUGACUGACUAUUCGCGUCUCAAAGACCUACAAAUGGCGAUGUUCCAGUUCCGUUAAGCUCUUAACAGUUUCAAAUUGCUGUGACUGUGACCUUUUAUAAAGAAAUUAUGUUGCUUUUCGUUAAUUCAUAAUUCACGACGAUUUUGUAAGUGUAAAUGCGAAACCAAAAACAAGGUGGGCGGAGUCAAAACCUCCGCCGUUCCGAUGUGACGUCAUGGGAACGGCAGAGCUCUAAGAGCGUAAAUGUAUAACAGUGCAUAUUAAAGGCGCAGGUGGCCGUAUUGCCAAAGGUUUUGGAACGGAUUGAAUCCUCUCUACUUAAACAAUAGUAGGACAAAAAAUUCUGCUCACGUGUUAGCUGGAUAAACUGAUCGUCGUUGUUUUGUAGUACACACUUAUUUUUUUAACGUUUAAAGGAUGAAUUUGCAGAAACAAGAAAAAACAUCACAGAAAACAAUCUGUAUGACUUUUUAUUUACGAAAUCAGCAGUGACGUUCUUCUUUCUCUUGGCUGAAGGGUGAAAAAAAAAAUGAGCAUCAGUUUACAAAAAAUAUACUGGGUAGAGAAUUAUCUCUAACAUUUGAUCCUUUUCUUUUUCUCUUCAGAAUCUGGCUAACAGCAGUUCGAUAGGGCGUUAUUAACGUUAAGUACAUGGCGCACAUCAUCGGACACAGCAUUUGUCCCGGCGCCCACAUAAGCGAGAAUGUUGGCCAACUGAGAACGGAUAUUGUAUAAUUUUUUUGAUCUGAAGAAAAUUUACACUUCUCGGAAAAAAAAAAACCCUCUAAAACUUUCCCGCACAUGGAUUUUUUUUUUUGGAAAGUACAUCAUAAAAUGCAUUGAAAAAAAGAGCUUCAAAAAAAUAAUUUUGUUUUUUUGAUUCCUCGAACGAAUUCAGUUAAUCCAUCCGGCAAUAAGACCUGCCCAGCUGUUACUCAAUUUUAUAACUACGAUAAUGCUGCCUGGUGUACAACAGGUAAAUCUAGUGAUUCUUGAGGUAAAUUUUCGGAAUCUCAAAUAUUCAGCCGCUAAUUGUGAUCCCGGCGAUGCCAACUCUUGCACAGCUGGACAGCACUGUCAACUGAUGGACGAAGGGGCGUACAAGUGCAUUGGAGGUAAAAAAAAUGACUGGAAAUGAUAAAAGUGAGAGUUGAGGGGAUGAGAUUUCCUGACACUCGUAAAUUCAUAAGAAGAGCCGGACAGGUUGUGGGAGCUUUUCCAAACUUGUUCCUUUCAAGGUAGAAAAAGUUUCUCUCUGCUGACUUCUUGCGUCAUUUCUUGAGCUUUCAAUUACUCUUUCAUCUGGUAGAAAUAUAGUCAAUGUUUCCCUACUUGAAAGGCGAGGGAGGCGUGGCGAGGGGCGGGACGCGUAGCGUGUGCGUACGCGGUUCUUGGCGCCAGUUCAAUUCAAUUGCCACCGGCAAAUUAAAAAGCUCGGCAACCGCUCUUUUUUUUUGUGUUUUCUACUAUUUUUGAUGCACACUUGAACAUAAUCCAUAAACAAUUAAAAAAGGAGUUGAAAGAACGAUUAAUAAGCUCUCUGAAUGCUCGCUGGCGUUUGAAUUGAACAUGUGUCAAGAACCGCGUACGCACACGCUACGCGUCCCGCCCCUUGGCCCGCCUCCCUCGCCUUUCAAGUCGGGAAACAUUGACUAUAAGAGGCUUGUAAAAUGAGAUUAAAAAAAAACUUUUUCAGCUUCUCUCUUUUUACUACCAUUAUCUGGUCUUUCGAACUUUGCCCGAGUUUUUUUUUAACCGAAUCUCAAAAAAAGAAAAACUCAAAUUUAAAGAGCAUCUUCAGAAAGCCUUUGCGUGAAGACUCCUUGCGAGCCUGGCUUCGAUUGCUUGGUCGUCGAAGAUGAAGCUGUUUGUACAAAAAGUUGAUUUAUCAUUUAUCCCGAUGCAAAUUGCGAUUAUUCAGUCGAUCCAUGCUUCCCGAACCCUUGCCAAGAUCAUAUUUGCGAAACGACUUCCAGCGGUUCCUUUAGGUGUAUUGGAGGUAAAAAGAAAAGACUUCAAAGAAAAAAUUCAGAAAAUGCCUUAGACCUUGCUUUCAAAAAACCUAUUCUGAACAUUUAAAAACAAAAAAAAAUAAACGGAAAAGCUUUCGCCUAAAAAUUUAUAAUUCGAAAUUCAAAUUUCAUGGAAGUAUUUUGGAAAAAAAAACAGCCGAAAAUACUUCAAAUACUUGUGAGGCACCUCAAACACAUAUAAAAAAACAAUUAUAGAACAUAAAAUGAUUAAAAAAAUGAGGAAUACUCUGAAAGAAAGCAAGAAAAGGAGAAAAAAUAACUUUUAAUGAAUGAAAUUUCGGGAGAGACGGUAACGAGAACACGCGACGCACCGGGGUUAACCGCGUUGCGUUAGAAGGAACUCGCGUGGGCGCGAUUUUUUAACGUCCAUUUUUUCCCCUGUUUUCACCUGUUUUGAAACACUGUGACGCGGAUCUUGGCACGAAUUCAAUUCAAUCCCCAGCGACUACUUGGAGUGCGCUUUAUCACUCUUUUUAUUUUUUUUUUAAAUUUUUUUUUGUUUUUUCUUGCAUCUGAAAUAGUAGAACAUAUUCAAAAAUUACUGGUGACCAAGCUUUUUGAAUAGUCGGUGACGCUUGAAUUGAACUCGUGCCAAGAAAGUACGCACACGCUACGCGUCCCGCCCAUUUCUCUGCCUCCCUCGCCUUUCAAGCCGGGAUGAAUUAACUAUAUAAAAUGCACAAAAAUCGAUUUAUUUUUUCGUGAAGAGAAAAAAAUUCCAAACCACGUUCAACACAAGAAAUGUUUAUUUUGUCAAUAUCAAUUCAUAUCAAUCAAUUUAUUCAGUCUUCAGAGUAAGAUGAAGAAAAUCCCUGCUGAAUCAUGGUAUAAUCGAAGAGUUAGUCGUCGGCACGGACUACGGUCCACAAUCGUUGUCCAAUACGUCCCAGAGUGACAGCUAG